AUGCCCUCAAUGUCAUCCCCAUCUCCUUCUCCCAAUGAUACUGCCCCAGGUCAAAAUCAUAUGAAGGCAGUCCUCGACAUCUUGGAGAACCUGCAAGGCGAUCCUUACUUGAAGGCCACAAGAGCCUUCCCACUGCUUCAUGAUCCAUUUGUGGAUCUUGGUGCUGUGUUCUAUGAUGGCAUCAGGGCCGAUCAUGGAGAAGAGGUCCCUGAAGACAAUGAAACACCUGAGGAGCACUUCGAGGAUGAUCCAGCCAAGCCGGAAGACUUUAUUAAUGUGCUUCGAAAUGCUGCUUCCCUGGCACAUGCUGAAGACACUUGCAAGCUUAAGGACCUCUGUCCAUCAUUUUUGCUUAACAACCCUGCGAAACCCGGGGCUGCAUUGGACCCUCCCAUUGUCAAAGAACAAUCCAAGUCACUGCGCAGAUGGAACCACAAAGAUACUGCACAAGCGCUCUGUCCCAUGGUGAACAUUAAAACAUUUGAUGAAGACCCCCGAGCAUAUAUGAAUAGUAUUCUCAAUGGCAAGAGGAAGCUGCCAUCAUUCAAGAAACUUCCUUCAUGUUUGUAUGAAGAGUCACUCGCUGAUCCAAAACUAAAGCACUCUGGCUUUCUUCGUGGAAAACCUCUAGAACAGGCAUGUGUCAUUUUAAUUCUGAUCAUCUCGCUAUCAUCUGCCAAACAGUGGACAUCAGAAGUAACUGGGCUUGAUCUCUAUGAGCUGUACAUAUCAAUCAUCGACUCCUUAAAACAGACUGAUCAUCCUUGGGUGAAGGAGACCCUCGACCACUGGAAAAGGAAAAAUGGCUGCCAUACCACUGCAGCAUCCGACGAUUCGGACUCGGACGACAUGGAAGGUUUCCUUGACGAUCCCCCAGAAUGCUCACCUCAACGCCCAUCACUCGACCACCCUGAGGAUGGUCCUUCUGCCAGUCAAUAUCCCUCAUCCCCACCACCACCACCACCUGAAUGCCAGCACCAGCUAACACCACCACCACCACCAUCUGAAGGCCAGUGCCAACUAACACCGCCACCGCCAUCAUCUGAAUGUCAGCACCAACCAACACCACCACCACCCAACCCUGAUGAGGAUGAGGACAACAGACUAACCCCUCCACCUUCAACUCCUGUAGUUCAGACACCUCAGGUUGGAAAACGUAAGGCUCCUGGGACUGCCAAGCAUGGCAAGGCCCCUCGUCGAAAAUGUUGA